AGCUAGAGAUAGCGUCUUCAUAUAUAGAAUUCUACACAGAUCACAUGGAUCGGAGACCACAGUGGAUUUUAUGGGUUGCCUUGAUCCAACUUUUCCUGAAUCUUAGCGACGCAAUGCUCAGUGGAAGGAAAAUCAGUGGCACUACUAGCAACACUCAUUCGGAUUUCAUAAGCAUUGACUGUGGAGCAAACGACGAAUACACUGACCGUCAAACUGGGAUUUCAUAUCAGACAGACGCAGGUUUUGUAGAGACAGGGUCUAAUACUAUGGUGGCACCUGAUGAGAGAUAUGACGUAUUUCAUCCUUAUUUUGGGAGACAACUGCAGACACUAAGAAGUUUCCCUGAAGGAAGAAGGAAUUGCUACACUCUGAAACCAAAACAAGGCAAAAACCAAAGUUACCUCAUCCGAGCUUUCUUCGCAUAUGGAAAUUAUGAUGGCAAAAAUCAAACUCCCUGUUUCGACUUAUACCUGGGUGUCAAUUAUUGGACAAAUGCUUGUCCGAUAAUUAAAAAUUCUUAUUUUACGGAGAUCAUCCACACUCCCACGACUGACACCAUCCAUGUUUGCCUUGUCAAGUCAGGCAAAGGAAUGCCUUUCAUUUCUACAUUGGAACUACGACCUCUCAACAAUUCUAUUUAUACAACUCCCUCCCCUUCUCAAUCACUUUUAGUUCUUGAAGCGAGAGUUAAUGUUGGCUACGUUAGUAAUAAUACAUCACUAUACAUCAGGUGGUACAUGGAUGACAUCUAUGAUCGUAUGUGGGGCGGGGACAACAAGUUGAACUUGACAGAUUGGCAUGUGUUCAAUAAAUCUGUGGAUAUUGAUCCCCAGAGAACAAUUGAUCCUUACAGAUUACCAGCAGGAGUUCUACUAUCUGCAGCCAAAUCAUCGAAUCGCUCCUCUCCUUUAAACUUUGACUGUGGUUCUUCUGGGGGCGGUCUAUUUCAAUAUUCUUUCACAUAUUUCGUCUAUUUUCAUUUUGUUGAAAUUGAGAAGCUUCCCCUUGGGCAGAAAAGAGUGAUCGAUAUUACUGUUAACGAUGAAAAAUUCCUCCCAAAGCCCAUAACUCUUGAAUACCUGAAGCCGCAGACCGUUUCUGCAGCUACAAAUCAAAGUUGUCUUCGUUUCAGCAUAAGUGCAACAUCAGAAUCUGCUGCGCCUCCAAUCCUCAAUGCAUUCGAGGUCUAUCAAUUAAAAUCACCUCUAACUUUACCAACAGACCAAAGAGACGUGGAUGCCAUCUGGGACAUCAAAAUCGCAUACAAAAUCUCUAAAUUGGAUUGGCAAGCUGACCCAUGUAUUCCCAAUUACGCAUGGGAGGGACUUAUGUGCAGUUCUGGCACCAGCCACUCUUACGCAAGGAUCACCUCAUUAAACUUGAGCACGAGCAAGUUAACAGGACACAUAAGUAUUUCAUUCUCAGAACUUACGGAGUUAGAGUCCCUGGAUUUGUCAGAUAAUAACUUAUCAGGAACAAUACCAGAAUUUCUAGCUAAAUUGCCGAAGUUGAAAGUCCUUAAUUUGAGAGGCAACGAGCUUACUGGUUCAAUUCCGAAUAUUCUGAAGGAGAAGUCAGAUUUGGAAAUGAGUUUGGAUGGUAACCCUGAUCUUUGCUUGACGGCUCGAUGCAAAAAACAUAAGUUCGCUAUUCCCCUGAUACCCUCUGUCUCUGCUUUGAUCGUUGUAAUCUUGGUUUUGCUUGGAAUAUGGAUCUUUAGGAUAAGAAGACUGAAAGGGAAUUUUACUAGGCAUGAAUCAUCAAAAUUAAGAAGUAAAGCAUUUUCUUACUCUAACGUUCUUGAGAUCACUAAUAACUCACAGAACUUAAUUGGAGAAGGAGGAUUUGGAAAGGUUUAUUUAGGCACUCUUAAGAAUGAUACUCAAGUUGCAGUAAAAUUACUUUCUCAAUCAUCAGUGCAAGGUCAUAGAGAAUUUCGAUCAGAGGUAGAACUCUUGAUGGUUGUUCAUCAUAGACACUUGGUCUCUCUGAUUGGGUAUUGCAAAGAAACUGGUGCAAGGGCAUUAAUUUAUGAGUAUAUGGCUAAUGGUGACCUCCGUCAACACUUGUCAGGUAACAACAGGCAUGCUUUGAAAUGGAAGAACAGGCUUCAAAUUGCACUAGAUGCAGCACGUGGAUUAGAAUAUUUGCAUGAUGGUUGUAAGCCAGCAAUAGUACAUAGAGACUUGAAGACUACUAACAUUUUGUUAGAUGAAAAUAUGGAAGCUAAGAUUGCUGAUUUUGGAUUGUCUAGAGCAUUUGCAAAUGAUAUCGAUAGCCAUGUCUCAACUCGUCCAGCUGGGACAAUUGGUUAUCUUGAUCCCGAGUAA